UGACGCUAUCGGAUUUCGAAGACGACAUUGUUUUACUAAGGUUUUACAUUCAUGAAACGUAAAUAAAAACAUAGUAGGUUGAAAAUGGCUAGAAAUAAAUCGCCUUUGCCUGCAGCUGAGAAAGAGAAGAAGAAACCCAAAGAAAGCAAGAAAAAGAAAGGUGACUCAGGCUCCAGCAGCAGUGAUAGUAGUGGAAGUUCAUCAAGUAGUUCUUCAAGGUCAUCCUCUCGGUCAUCAUCCAGUAGCUCAGGAAGUUCAUCACGUUCAUCUUCAUCAUCCAGCUCAUCUAGCAGUAGCAGCAGUAACAAUGGCCGUUCAAGGCCUAAGAAAAAAACAAUUUCACCAAACAAGAGUCCACUUAAAGAUCGUCGUGAUGCUGAUCGGGAGAAGAUUAGAGAUAGAUCACCAACAGGAGAAAAAAAAAAAUCUGUGUUACCUUUAUCAAAUGACAAAGCUAAAAUUAAGGAAAAACAGGAACGAUCUCCAGGACGUAAGAAGCGAGAACGCUCACCACCACCACGACCAACUCGUAUCCACAUUGGACGACUGACUUUAAAUGUAACGCGUGAUCACAUCCAUGAAAUAUUUUCGACAUAUGGUACUGUGAAAUCAAUUGAGUUUCCUAUGGACCGACUUCACCCACAUAAUGGAAGAGGAUACGCAUAUGUUGAGUUUAAUAAUGCUGAUGAAGCAGAAAAUGCUAUGAAGCACAUGGACGGGGGUCAGAUCGACGGACAAGAGAUAACGGCGGCGCCUGUGCUGGUUCCGUCACGACCGCGCAGAUCGUCGCCUCGACCGCUACCACCUCGACAUGGACCUCGCCGUCAUUCCCCACCGAGGUAUCGCCGACGCAGUCCUCCGGUCCGUCGUCGUUCACCGCCGCGCCGGCGCCGCUCUCGGUCCCGGUCACCGCGCCCUGCCACCCGCCGACGCCGCUCCAGGUCUUCUUCAUCCUCUUCACGAUAGGACACAACUUUCAUAGACACACAAUCUUAACACUCGAUCAUUGCACAUACACACACACUCUGACAUAUUACUGAAUUUUAAAACACCUUAACGUAUUAAUUUCGCUUUUAUUUUGUUCAGUUUAUAAUUCCCCCUACUUUGAAUACCCUAACAAGUUUUCGUAAUGACCUAACUCUAUCCUAAAACAUAAAAUGUAUAAACAUAGUUGUUUACACAUUUCCCUAUCGUAAAGUAUCAGGAGUACCACAAAAUGUUAUCAUUUUGUCUAAAAAUUAAAGGCAAACACACAAAAGUAACGUCUCUCAAGUAUCAGGUAAGUACUAAUUCAUGAGAAAACUAAUAAUACAUUUUAGAGAUGUGUUGAUAACGGGUAAGUAUUAAAGUUGCAUGUACAUUUAUUUAAAGUCUGAUAAACAAUUUGUUAUGAAAGUUUAAAAAUGGAACUGAGUGCGAGAUUUGGUGCAGAUAAACUGUAGACUAAGUGGUGUGAUGAAUUUGUAAAGGACAUAUUUGCCUCUGUUAAUAAAUUGUAACAAUAUUCU